ACAUAAGAAUUGACAAUUUCAGCUUUUCUUAUGUAAAAUUAUCCCAGAAUUCCAAAUCUGUUUACACUUUCCGUCUACGAAAAACUGUUUUGGAGAAAUCAGCUUAUUACAAAGUAAACGAAAACACUAAUAACACAUUAAAAAUCAAUUAGAUACUAAAUUUGAAUAUCCAGUCCGGUCCUGAUUUAAUAUAAUGUAAUGAGGGCUCGUGUCCUGACUUAUGCGUAGUCUUGUGAAACACACUCCAAGUGAAUCUCUUCGUAAAAAUGAAACUUUAUUUAAUUGUAAUCACACUUUUCAAAUUCUCGUAUUCGUUGAAAGUAUCCCUGUAUUACGAAUCCCUUUGUUACGACAGCUCAAGAUUCAUAACACGCCAACUCACCCCUAAUUACUCACAACUCAAAAAUUACAUUCAACUCGAAUUCAUCCCUUAUGGCAAAGCUACACACAAUUACGUUAAUCGUCGAUGGAUCUUCGACUGCCAACAUGGCCCCAACGAAUGCCAAGGCAACAAAUACCAAGCUUGUGCUUUGGCACAAAACAGUGGACAAGAUAAGGAUUUGGCAUUUGUUGAUUGUGUGAUGCGUGAGCGAAAUCCGGCUGAUGUUGAAAAAAUUAAAAAAUGUGCUCAAAGGGUUGGAAUUAAUUGGGGGAAAAUCAUCAAAUGUGCAACGACCAAUCAAGGAGAUGAUUUGUUAGCUAAACAUGGCUCUAGGACCUAUGAUCUUGAACCAAAUAUUUCAUUCGUUCCAACUGUGGUCUAUGAUGAUCAGUUUGAUGAUAAUCUGCAGGAAAUGUCGCUUGUGGACUUUGCAGCUGUUGUCUGUAGCAAGAUUAGAAGCGAUAAACCGCGAAUUUGUGAUAACAAGACGUUACCACAAAGGAGAUUUUUUUCAAUGUAAAGUAAUUUAUAAAUAAAAACGUUAUCUAAAGAA